AUGGCUGUUACCAAGAAGCUGCCCCAGGUCCCCGAGACCAUCCUGAAGCGCCGCAAGCAGCGCGCGGAAAUUCGCCAGAAGAUCAAGGCUGGAAAGGCUAAGGCCGCCAAGCGCGCCGAGGAGAAGACCGGCAAGAUCUUCAAGCGGGCCGAGAAAUACGUCACCGAGUACCGCAAGCGCCAGCAAGACCACCUCCGACUCAAGCGCGAGGCCGAGAAGUCGGGCAGCAUCUACGUUCCAGAGGAAGCGAAGCUCGCCUUCGUGAUCCGUAUUCGCGGUAUCAACCAGCUCCACCCGCGCCCUCGCAAGGUCCUCCAGCUGCUCCGUCUGCGCCAAAUCAACAACGGCGUCUUCGUCAAGUUGAACAAGGCCACCAUCCAGAUGCUGCGAAUCGCCGAGCCUUACAUCGCGUGGGGCUACCCAUCGCUCAAGACCGUCCACGAUCUCGUCUACAAGCGCGGCUUCGCCAAGGUCAACCACCGCAGGACACCCAUCACCAGCAACGACAUCGUCGAAGAAAGCCUCGGAAAGCAAGACAUCAUCUGUAUGGAAGACUUGGUCCACGAAAUCUACAACGUUGGGGAGAAUUUCAAGCGCGCCACCAACUUCCUGUGGCCCUUCAAGCUAAGCAACCCCAACGGUGGAUGGGCCAAGAAGACCAACCAUUUCGUCGAAGGAGGUGACUUUGGCAACCGCGAGGACCAGAUCAACAACCAUCCUUGCGGUCUCGCGUGGCUGCUUUGCUUCAGAAUGUCGGACCCUGAGACGAGGUGUGCCGAGCUACACACUGAGGGCCCGGACAUCGCCGAAUUCGAUGGCAGCCUCCUUGUUGAAGCUUACACAAUGUGUGCAACAGCGUACGCUGAAAAAGCCCGCCAGGAGAGAGAUCACGCUGCGAAGCUCGACGCCAGAACAAAUGCCAUCCGGAUGCUAAAGAACAUCCGUGAACGAUGUGCCAUCAGCAGAGACACGCGGGCGGAAGCUGUCGCUUGCUUCGAGAUUGCGGGUCUCGCGCAAGAAAUCGACGCUCGUUCCGAUGAAGCAAAAAAAUACUUGAAGAAAACGAUUCGAUUGGCGGAAGAGCACAAAGAUCAGAUGCUCCGUUGCGACGCGCUAAGCUGUUUGGGAAAUAUCUACAAGGCGAAGGGGAAGCAGCUGAUUCUCGGCUACCAGGCCAAGAUGCGCUUACUCCUUGCGGAACGCGACCGGGACAAGCAAGCACAGAGAAGGACGCACGCCUCGUUGGGCAACAUCCACCUGGCCACUGGGCACACGACGGAUGCAAUCCGCAGCUACCGUAUGGCGCUGGUCAUAGCCCUGGAAUUGAAUGAUCGACUGGCUAUGGCCCGCCAUUACGAGGCGUUGGCGGCGGCUUGCUUCCAGGAGAGCGACUUCGACGAAGCGCGAUCCUAUCUGAAGAAUUGGAAAGCCCUCUGUAGGCAAAUCGACUACACCGCCGGCGAGCAAAACGCCUGCCAAAUGCUCGGAGAUGUGCAGCUGGCCGCCGGCUUGCACCCCAGCGCCGCCUACUUCUACGCGCUCACGCAACGUUUGGCGAAGAACAGUGAUGAGGCGGCGUACAACCUGGCACAAGAUCGCCUCCGCGAGCUGAAACAGUCGGGCCACUUGACAGUCUCGGAGGGCCGGAUCGUACUGGACGCCACCUUUGACGACGCCCCAGCUGCUAUCUCCCUCAACGGCUCGUUUGACUCCACCGACAAGAAAGCGCCAGUGAUUAGCGAGUCGAAAGAGAGAAAGCAGCGAGCUGUUCCCCAAGGCGACGACUUCUUCACCCUGCUGGAGACGUCCCAACAGCGCCUGGAUGAUCAACGGGCCGAGAUGCCGAAAUUUUCGCCGGAGGACUCGUUCAUGACGCCCGCCACUCCAGCCAAGCGACCGACACUGCUGAACCGAGUGAAAAGCGUCAUUCUCACCACACCGCUUUCGGGCUCGAAAAAUUGGCUUCGGCGUAGCCUCACCGCUUUGCCCCGCCUGGAAAAAGCCGUCAAGGCACCGCGACCGGCCCUUGAAUUCGACAGUCCAUCGCGGGAGCUGUUGCCGGACUCUGAGGACAUCGCCGGCGACUACUGCUCGACCGCGGACUUUGAUUUUGAGGAUCCGUCGGCGAGCUGUCGACGCAAGUCCGUCGGAUCUGUGGGCAGAUCGUCCUUCCACAACGGCCGCCGUAGCGGGGCCGCCGAUGGAUCGUCA